CCACCCUCCCCGUUCUGUAUUCAUCUCGCAAGUAUGUCCAAGGUGGAAGAACGGCCAAAUGUCAAAAGCUCGGAUAGACCUGAUGACGUUCACGACGAUCCUGGCGGCGUGCAAGCUGAAGGACCGGCCGCAUCAGCACCAGUCACACCUCAUCCGAUGCCAGAGCAACCCGACAAGGCCAUCGAGAAGUUCGAACGUGUCAAUGCCCACCUUGAUCCUCCCUUCCCUCCUUCGGUGAGUACGCAGCCGACCCCGACCACAGAAGACCCUCCCAUGGAGAGGCAGCUCAACGUCACCGAUGCCUUGUCGUAUUUGGAUUCGGUCAAGACCAAGUUUCAGGAGAACCCGGAGGUGUAUAACAGGUUCCUGGAUAUCAUGAAGGACUUCAAGGCACAGCUCAUCGAUACGCCCGGUGUCAUCGAACGCGUGUCCAAUCUCUUCCACGGGCAUCCGAGUCUCAUUCAAGGGUUCAACACUUUCCUUCCUGCAGGAUAUCGCAUUGAAUGUACUGACGAUGCCUCUAACCCGAACACCAUCACCGUGACGACACCGGCGGGCACGACGACUCAAGCCACUAACGGUGCGUUCACCUUCGGACCCGGCACCUCCAGACCACCGAGCUCCCAGCUGCCUCCUGGAGAUGUCCAGCAUGCCGAACCGUCCGUCAACCUUGAACCAGCGCUCGCAUAUCUGCAACGAGUCAAGUCGCGGUAUGCGAACGAGCCGGAGAAGUAUCGGCGCUUUCUGGAGAUCCUGAAGGCUGGCCCAGUGCCCGGCCACAACGCAGGUGCCGGGGCGGCAAUCACAGGUCAUGAUACACGCGCUCUGGAGGAGUGGGCGGUUGCGUUCUUGUCUGCGGGGUAUGCGCAAGGCGAGGUCGCGCAGCGGAUGGGAAGGUUGUUCCUAGAUGCUCCGAGUCUGAUGAAGGAUUUCGUGGAGUUCCUGCCGGACAAACAUCUGCGGGAGGCAGAGCUGACUCGACUAGCGGAAAUACAGGAGCCGCGUAAGGCAGUGGCAUCCGCAGGUGAGUCCAAAUCCGCAAAGAAGAAGGCGGAGGGUGCCACUGGGGCCACAGGUUCAGGAACAACUGUUCCUCAGAAGAGGAAGCGAAAGCCGGCAGAACGCGAAAAAGAGAAGGAUAAGGAAAAAGAGAGGGAGAAGGACAUGUCAGCUAAGGCAGGUCCCAGCAAGGUCAAGAAGGCGCGGCUGUCUCAAGCGCACGGGGCCGAUGUAUCUUCUCCUUCUCUUGGUCAACGUCACGCCGCCGUUCCGUUGUCUCCCCGACGCUCGGCGCAUGCGCACCCGUCGACCCAUGGCCAUCAACACGGACGCCCACCAUCGCUGCCUCCUCCAGCUCCUGUGGCGGCUGCUCCUCUGCCUCCUCCACCACUUAGUCCGAUAGAUGAGACGCAGUUCUUCGAGCGUGUCAAACGGAUGCUGGAUAACAGGGAGACAUACAACGAGUUUUUGAAGCUUGUCAAUUUAUUCACUCAGGACGUCAUCGACACCGCGCGACUGGUGCGCGAUAGUCGACGGUUCCUCGGUGACACUGACGUGAUGGUGCAGUUCAUGGAGAUUCUGGGGUGGGAUGAGAGGAGAGAUCGGAUCGCCGUUGCGGAUGAUAUCUGGACACGGCCCAUGGUGGCCCUCGAUAGGCCGAGCCGGGAUCAACUCAGUAUCCGCUAUGGUAGUUAUAGGAAGUUGCCUCCACAGGAAGCAAACGUAUCGUGCUCAGGCAGGGAUGAAAUGUGCAGAUCUGUGCUCAACGAUGAGUGGAUAGCUCAGCCUACGUUUGCGAGCGAAGACGGUGGCUUCCACGUUCAUAUGAAAAAUCCAUACGAAGAAGCCCUCCUCCGGAGCGAGGAGGAGCGACACGAGUACGACUUCCAUAUUGAAGCUAUACAUCGCACCAUUCAGAUGCUCGAGCCGCUCAACAACAAGAUCCUCCAGCUCAGCAUGGAGGAGCGCAAUAACUUCAAGCUGAAGCCGAAUCUGGGCGGCGCGGGGAAGAGUGUGCACCUGCGCGUGCUGAAGAAAAUCUACGGACGCGAUGCUGGUUACGAUGUCUUCCAGGCUAUGCAAGAAGUGCCUGCGCUCUCCAUCCCGAUUGUGCUCGCGCGGCUGAAGGUUAAGCAUGACGAGUGGAAACGUGCACAGCGGGAGUGGAACAAGGUCUGGCGUGAGGUCGAUGCGCGAAACUACCACAAGUCACUCGACCACCAAGGCGUGACGUUUAGGGUGGCAGAUAAGAAGGCGCUGACUGCUAAGGCAUUUUUAAAUCAGAUUGAAGCAGCGAAAACUGAGCAGAUGGCGACGAAAGCCUCAUACAUCGAUCCGUUGUUUGCUCGGGCACGGCCUGCUCACCAGUUGGAGUUCGUAAUAGACGACAUGGAUGUGGUGCAGGACGCUCUCAAGCUGACGUUCUCCUUCUUGGAUCGCACCCAAGACCAAAUCGCUCUGUCCAACAGGAAGAAGAUCGAGACCUUCCUGCGCGCGUUUGUGCCGCUAUUUUUUGCGCAAGACCAGGCAGCGUUCAACAGUGCAUUCGUGCCCCAUCAGGAAACUCUCGAUAGCGACAUGGAGGUGGACAGCAUCGCCGAUGAUGCUGAUGCUAUCUCUGUUGGCUCCCGGCCCGGGAAGAAUGGUCGAAAGGCGGGCAGCACGGGGUUCUCUGGUGACUUGCGGAAGCGGUUGCUGAAGAGCGAGCAAGCGAAGUCUAGUCGGCGGACAAGAACACAGGAUGCUGCGUCACCAUCUACAUCCCGACCGACAUCGCCUGCGAUAUCUGACGUGAUGCAAAUCGAUGGCAUCGAACUAGGCACAAAUACGGAGCCAAUAGCCGGUCCAUCAAAUACAGGUGCUAUUUCGCAGGCCCCUGCACGGCGACAGUAUACGUUCUUCACAAACGCGAACUUCUAUGUUUUCUUCCGUUUGUUCGAGACACUCUACUCCCGUCUGCAUCGUUUCAAGGUACUUGCGCAAAAGUUGGCAAGUGAACCGGUACCGCCUCAUAAGCCAAACCCGACGGCAGUCGACCUCGGUAUCCUCAACGACUUUAGCCUGUAUAACAGACAGCCAAAUCCGGCCCAUUUCUAUGUUAUCAUGCUGGGAGCUUGCGAGAAGCUGUUUGACAAUGAGAUCGAGCAGCAGGUGUUUGAGGACCAGCUCCGCAUGAUGUUUGGUCCGCGGGACGCAUACAAACUUUUCACCAUCGAUAGAGUUGUCGGCUCCGUGAUCAAGCAGGUGCAAAAUAUAUUGCUUGAUGCCAGAAGCCAAGACCUGUAUGAUAUCCUGCGCAAGGAGCGCGAAAUGGCUUCAGUCUUGACGCACGACCUGAAUGGUCUCCGACUUGAAACGGAGGAGGUUAUCGGUUCAGAUGAAAGCCUUUACAGAAUGGAUUGGUUUCCAGAGAAGAGGACCGUAACCAUACAACUGCUCGGCAAAGAUGAUCCCAAUCCCGAGGAUCCCGAGCUGGUCAAUGGGAGAUGGCAAGCGUAUGUCGAAUCCUACGUAGCGGAUGAUGAAACGCGGGAUAUUAUCAUGCCUUCGUCCAGGAGACCAUACCUACAGCGAUAUUACCACAGCACAAUCUCUUCGUCUCCUGCACCCGAGGAGCCCGAUAUUAUCGUUGACGGUGGACUGAAGAUCAAGGUUUGCGUGAGAACGUAUCGGCUAUUCUACAUGUCGCAUUCAGAAGACUUCCUAUGCCGCGUCCGCUCCGCAGGCGAACGGGAGCUCCUGCAGAAACGACUACGGGUCCAGGAUGCCAGAAGACUGGCGUGGUUGGAAAAGUUCGCGGCAAGGGAUGACCAGGGCAGCAGCUCUGCUAAGGAUGCAGCAACUCCAUCUGAAGCAACUCCUCCUCCCGAUUCGACACGGGAAGGGACAUCUUCUGCAACGGAGAAAGACGACGACAGACCGCCUCAAACGCAACAACCGAAGUCUACAACCUCUGGAGGAUCCGAAGAAGUUGUCCAUAACGGCACAUGACAGUUGUAUACCAUUAGCCACUUCUAUCCUGCUCCUAUCACGUCGUUGUCCCUAUCAUGCUGACUGCCGUCGUUGUGUCGUUCACUUCAUCCUUGUAUGUUAUAUUGCUUUGGGUAGAUACAUGUUAAUGGCAGGUACUGCCACCUUCUCAGUGCUCGGAUUCGUGUCGGUCUGGCUCUCAGAGUACCUAGCCUCG